CAAACGCUCCUCGCCUUGUCCCUUCGCUUUCCUGGAUCCCUCUCCCUUUCCCUCUCUUCCCAGCCCCUAAUCUUUUCACCCCCCCCCCCAUGACCCUAACCCACCCUGCCGCCCCCUCUCGCUCGAUGGCGAUGAAGAUUUGCGGGAUCACCUUGUGACUGAGUGAAGCUCCUCCCCGGCAGCGGCGAGCCCGAGCUUCUCCUUCAGUCGUGUUUCUCUCCGUUGCCGGGCGGCUGUGUCAGCGGUGAUUAUGGCUGAUACUGAUGCGGUGGAUGAACGGUCUCCACUGUUAUCAGCAAAUAACUCUGGUAUUGUCACUCCUACAACGCCUUUGUACGUCGAGGAGCCGAGUCCUCGUGGAGAACUUCCACCUCCUUACAGUCCUGUGGCUAGUCCUGAUGUUGGAGGAGUUCCAGUAAUAAACUGUCGUGUUUGUCAAUCCCUGAUAAAUUUGGAGGGCAAGCUUCAUCAGCAUGUUGUUAAAUGCACUGUUUGUAACGAAGCCACGCCAAUCAAAAACCCUCCAGCAGGAAAGAAGUAUGUACGAUGUCCAUGUAAUUGUCUCCUUAUUUGCAAGGACACAUCACGACGUAUAGGAUGUCCAAGACCUAACUGUAGACGCAUAAUUAAUUUGGGGCCAGUGAUGUUGAUCCCAGAGGAGCAGUCUCCCCAGCCUGCUGUGCCGAUCCAACCUGAAGGUACACGUGUGGUGUGUGGACAUUGUGGGAAUACUUUCCUGUGGAUGGAAGUUAGAUUCAACACACUGGCAAAAUGCCCACACUGCAAAAGAAUAUCAUCUGUUGGUAGUGCAUUGCCACGAAGGCGUUGCUGUGCAUAUGUAACUGUUGGAAUGAUAUGCGUUUUCAUUGGAGUUGGUUUAACUGUUGGGACUCAAGAAUUUGCAAGACGUUACACUGCAACAUAUGUUUCCUGGGCUUUUGCCUAUCUCCUAGGUCUAAUCUGCCUAAUUCGAGCUUGUUAUUGGGGAGCAAUAAAAGUUAGCUAUCCUGAGCACACCUUUGCAUAGACAAAUCAGUUAUCUAGUGCUGAAGAUCCAAUGGUCUACAAAUCUUUUUAAAAAAAGGACAUUCUCAAGUUAAUGGAAAUCAGCUUUAUAGACUGAUUAGGUCCAAGGAAUAUAAUGGUGUCAGAAUGUGCACAUUGCACUGUGGUUUAAGCAAGUGUGCAUUUUGUUGCUGCUAGAUUGCCAUAUGCUGAACGCAGAUGUUGCAUAUAUGUCGCUUGGAAUGUAUCUCAUUUUUGUCUUGGUUAAUCUUUGUCAUACAAUCUUUGUUGAAAUUUGCUUUUUCUGGUGAUGGAGAGAACAAAGGAAUGUGAUGCAACAAUUUAACUCAACACAUACACCAUUGAAAUAUUUCUGUCCAGCCUUGAUGUUUUUAAAUUACUCCUAUGAAUCUGAACAAAAUUACAUAAUAGCUGAGCAAUAAAAAUACAUUGCAUUUUCAAUACUUUCAUACUUUUGCAUAGCUGCUUUUUAAAAAUAAAGCAUUUGAAAAUACCUGCAUUGAGAGUGUCAGGAUAUUAUGGUGGCAAUAGUAAAUGAUGCUAACUUGCUGUAUCAUAUUUAUCUUAUUGUAUAACGCACAUACCAUCAUUUUGAUUAAGCGGCAAUGUGUCAGGAAAAGAUUUAGUUUUUGCUAUUAUCAUAGUACAAUGAUCUACUUUAAAAUUUAGAAAAUAUUCAGCAUUUGAAUGUAAUAAUAAUCACAGAUACAUUAACUAUUGCUUUGCUGAAGUGCAUGCAUCCUUUUAUAAAUAAGAUAAUAAAACACACAAACACUU